CUUCUCCCUGGCCGAAGCCGCUUCUCAAGCACCCGAAUACCAAGACCGAGGAUAACACGGAGCUGAAGCUUAUUUAAUGCCUUUUCUAUGCUGCUUGUAACUGCGAGAGCCCGAGUGAAAGACGCGGCUGCCAGGGAUAAGGAACAAGAAAGGGGGUGUUCCUGCAGAGCACUGUGGUUUUUGUAGUUUCUACUGUAGUAUAGACCCUAGAGCCACCGCUUCAACACAGCUGCUGUGAAGUUUUCCAGCCUGUGUUACUGCCUGCUCUUGGGUGGCAGUAAGUCAACGUGAGGAGGUGAAGACAUGGACCAGAACAACAGCAUACCCGCCUUCCAGGGGCUGGCUUCCCCUCAGGGCGCCAUGACCCCAGGUAUGCCGAUCUUCAGCCCCAUGAUGCCUUAUGGCACAGGCCUGACGCCACAGCCAGUACAGACCACCAACAGUUUAUCUAUACUGGAGGAACAGCAGAGGCAACAACAACAGCAGCAGCAGCAGCAACAACAGGCACAACAGGCACAGCAGGCUGGCGCAGGCCUUCCAGGGACGUCGGGACAGACCCCUCAACUUUUCCAUUCCCAGACAGUAACGGGCACGACCACCACAGCGCUGCCAGGAAACACCCCGCUCUACAACACCCCGCUGACCCCCAUGACCCCCAUCACACCGGCCACGCCUGCCUCGGAGAGCUCUGGCAUCGUACCGCAGCUACAAAACAUCGUAUCGACUGUAAAUCUGGGCUGUAAACUGGACUUGAAGACCAUUGCACUGAGAGCCAGAAAUGCAGAGUACAACCCAAAGCGUUUUGCUGCGGUCAUCAUGAGAAUACGAGAGCCCAGGACCACUGCUCUCAUCUUCAGCUCUGGGAAGAUGGUCUGCACUGGAGCCAAGAGUGAGGAGCAGUCGAGGUUAGCGGCCAGAAAAUACGCCCGUGUGGUGCAGAAGCUCGGGUUUCCUGCUAAGUUCCUGGAUUUCAAGAUUCAGAACAUGGUCGGCAGUUGUGAUGUGAAGUUCCCCAUUCGGCUUGAGGGAUUAGUCCUCACACAUCAGCAGUUUAGCAGCUAUGAGCCGGAGCUGUUUCCGGGACUGAUUUACAGAAUGAUCAAACCCAGAAUCGUCCUGCUCAUCUUUGUUUCUGGAAAAGUUGUACUCACAGGUGCCAAGGUGCGAGCGGAGAUCUACGAGGCGUUUGAAAAUAUAUACCCCAUCCUGAAAGGUUUCCGAAAGACAACGUAGAACCUGUGUCUUUUUCUUUUUAUUGUCUCCCCAAUCAGCUCUCUUUUUACUCAGAUUUUUUUAAGUGUUACGUCAAGGCAUUUUCUUUGUGUUGACAUCCAUGAAUGGACUGCUGUAAGGGCUGUAGAACAAGGACGUGGCUACAUCCCUUUUUACUUUUUGUCCCUCCAGAGAUUCCGCUUUUUUGAUGAUCAGGAUUUUAAACGUCUUUUUUUUUCCAGUGUUUCGAUCACACACAAUGGCAUAUUUAAAGUUUUUAGUUUCUACAAACAUUAUGUUCACAUCCCGGAUUGUACAUACGACUGUAAGAAAGUGUAAAAAAAAAAAAAUGCUGAUUAGAGGAGAACAGUCUGACGAGGACUGUUUAUGGCUUUAUUUUAAGCAGUUUUAAAUAGUUUUGUACUUUGCAUUUUUAUUAAUUGUUCAGUUUCCAAACUGUAUCAAGACAUGUUCCGAUCUGUGAGCACCACACGGUGGCUUUUGAUCACAAACCAAUCUGCUUUAUGUGAGUCUUCAUGCCUUCUACAUUUAGAUCACCUGGGCUCAUUUAGUUUCUCUUAAACAUUGACUUUAUUGAUGUUUAACUAAAUUGAUCCAAGUUGUCAUUUCUGGUUAGUUCUUCAAGGUUUGCUUCACUUGGUUUAAGGUCUUGAUACAUUUACUGUUUAGUCUGAAACAAACUAUUGAAACAGACGAUGUGUAUUUUCAGACAGAAGUGUUUUAAUGGUUAAAUGUGUGUGUAAAUAGAUUUUUUUUUUCCAUUUCACUUGACUCCAACUCUGAGGGGGUGCUGCUCUGCAAGUUUUACUUUAAGAGCAAUGAGGUUUGGAGAUUUGGACAAAUUCAGACGGGACUGAAAUGUGAAGAAAAGAUGGUUUUGGUCUUGAGUAAAACAGGUUGCCUUCAUCCCUAAAACCCACAUGUAGCACUAAACAACAGUAUAAUAUGCAUCAAGUUGCCAUGUCAAUGUAUUGUUUUAAAGUUUUUCUUUGUAUUUUUUUGGCUACUCAAAACCACAUUUAAAAGUUUUCUUUUGAGGAAUUCUUUCCAAAUGUUGGCAGACGACUGUCCUGGUUGUUUUGUGCUCUUUGCUCAGGCACACACUUGGCCAAAAAUGUCAUUUAAAAUAAGUCUAAAUUCAGAGCACUUGAUGUGCUUGCACGUCCCACAGGUCAUUUUAGCUGGGCACAUUUUUGACAAUUUAAACGUUUAGCUGUUAACCAGUUCAGUAAUUUAUAUUCUCCAAACAUUGGGUUAAUAUGUUUCAGUUCCACCACUUGUCUCUUCCUCCUGAUGUCUGUGUGAGCAGUGGAGCUGCAGAAGAAAUCAUGAAGCUCCAUUGUGUUUAUUGGUUCUUCUGAAAUUGUUAAUGUGCUGCACUGUGCAUUAAUAAAUGAUGUACAGACUCUCCUUAA